AUGCGUUGCUUAGGCCUCAUGACUAUAGAUAUCUCAAUGGAUCUCAAGGGAGCAAACGAGCACAAAUGUGAAGCAGCAGAAGGUAAUGUGGGACUGAUCUUCACUAAAGGAGAUUUGAAAGAAGUCAGUGAUGAAGUUUCCAAGUACAAGGUUGGAGCACCUGCUCGACUUGGCCUUGUUGCUCCAAUUGAUGUGGUUCUGAAUAUCCCAACCAAAAUCAACAAAGGCACAGUUGAGAUCAUCACCCCUGUGGAAAUCAUUAAGAAGGGCGAAAAAGUGGGCUCAUCUGAGUCUGCCCUUCUUUCUAAGUUGCUCAUUAAGCCAUUCUCUAAUGGUCUGAUAGUCCAGUCUGUCUAUGACAAUGAUUCAGUUUUCAGUCCUGAAGUUCUUGAACUCACAGAUGAUGAUCUUGCAAUGAAGUUUGCUGUUGGACUAACAAAUGUUGUUGGUCUCUCCAUGAUUCUUGAUUAUCCUACUCUUACGGCUAUUCCACACAUGUUCAUCAACUCGUACAAGACUGUUCUGUCAUUUGCUGUAGCAACAGAAUACUCAUUCCCACAGGCUGAAAAAGUGAGAGAGUACUUGAAGGUUAGCACUAAGAGCCCGUUUGGAUUGGCUUAUAAGUUGUCCAAACCAGUUUAAUAAGCCAUUUUAA